GAUUGAUGGUCGUUGAUAAAGGAGGAAAAAAAAAUGAUCGGCGACACGUCGCAGAAUCCAACGGACAAGGAGUUGUUCGCGUGGAUCGACAGCAUCCCUAUCUCGAAACCCGCGAGAAACUUAACGAGAGACUUUUCGGACGCCGUCCUCAUGGCGGAGAUUUUGAAAGUAUACUAUCCUCGAUACGUGGAACUUCACAAUUACGUGCCGGCGAGUAAUCUGAACAUGAAGAAGGAGAAUUGGAACACCCUGAAUCGAAAGGUACUUGCCAAGAUUGAUAUGAAAUUGAGCAGGGACACGAUCCAUCAUUUGGCGAACGCGUCGCAAGGCACGAUAGAGAAACUCCUGCUAGAUUUGAGAAUGAAAAUUCUGAGAGACGACGAAGAAAUGCACAGGCUAAAAUCCAAAUAUAAUGCGGAAGGUACUCGAUGUCGAGUAACAGAGGAGAAAAUUGAAGAUUCGCCAAUGGACAACCAACUUGAUUCGUCGGCGGAAAGUUCAAACAAAGUCGAGGCCGAUCAGAAAAUUAGUGAAAUUAAUCCGUCGAAAUUUGCGCGGCUCAAACGAACGCUUCUCUUCGUUUUCAGUUGGAUUAUCUGCCCUUUUCGCAUAUGGAAUUUAUUUAGCUACUGCAAAUUUCCUCGUUUGGGCAGAUAUAGACGCAAUGCGCUUGUGAACGUCGAGACAGAGGGAAUUAAGGACGUAAAUGAUGAAACCGUUCGUCGUGCGAUUUAUAUGGAGCUGAAGCAAGAAUUGCGUGAAAAGGAGGAGAUAAUAUGUACUUUGAACCAUAAGAUUACAUAUCUGGAGAGUUCAAUGAAAGUCAAGGAUCUACGCAUCUCCAGUCUAACUACGCAAAUCCUGCAAAAUGGUGUCGAGAUGGAUCAAUCGACGAUAUCGAGCGGUGACGCUCGCGUUAAAUUACGAUCGCGAUCGCACAAUUUUCACGAAACCAAAACCAAUUAG